AUGAUGCUGAUAUACCACCGGUUGCUAACCGCCUACGGACCACAGGGCUGGUGGCCUGGCGACAGCCGUUUUGAGAUGAUCGCCGGCGCCAUCCUCACGCAGGCGGCGGCGUGGCGCAAUGUGGAACACGCCCUCGCCAACCUGCGGCGGGAGGCGAUAUCGGACUGGCAUAUACUGCACCGCACCGACUCGGAAAUCCUGGCGCAGAUUAUACGGCCGUCCGGUUACUACAACGUCAAGGCCCGCAAGCUCAAGGCGUUCGCCAGCCACGUGUGCGAACAAUACGGCGGCGAUCUGGACGCCAUGUUCGCAUCCGAUACCGUCAAUUUGCGCCGCGAGCUGUUGAGCAUAUACGGCAUCGGGCCAGAAACCGCCGACGAUAUCCUGGUGUACGCCGCUGGCAAACCGUCAUUCGUAAUUGACGCCUACACCAUCCGCAUCAUGGAGCGUAUCGGCAUUACACCUGAAGGCGGUUCUGAUUACGCCGGUUGGCAAGCGUUAUUCCACGCCAGCGUCGUCCCGGACGUAGCGGUGUAUAACGAAUUCCACGCCCUGUUGGACCACCACCAUAAAGCCGCCUGCACCAGAAACGACCCCCAAUGCAAUGGAUGUUGCCUGAACGAAAUCUGCGCCACCGGGUUGCGACGGAAGCACGAGGGUCAGUUAACGCCCAAUCCAUCAGCGUGA